AUGGUCUCGCGCACUUUGAACCUGGCGCUGGCCGCCGCAGGGGCGGCGAGUGCGAUUCUCAUCCCUCCCGAGGUGUCCGCUGCGGAGCUCAACCUCGGGGACGAUAUGGCCAUGGAAAUCGCUGCCAGCUCAUACCCCCGUAGUGUUUCUCUCGACUGCGCGACUUGCGAGUUUGCUUCCAAGGAUGGAGACGACUUUGCGUGGACGCAGCGCAACGGCAACUCUUUCAUGCUCGACUUCGAAGUAGGACCUCACGAAGACUCCCUCACCAUCGAUGGUAUCCAGCUGUACCCUCCGACCUUUGGCUACUUCGCCCAGCCGUUCCGCGUCGCCCAGGUCAACCCCGAUGGCGAGAACCUACCCCUCCGCGUCACCGGCUACACAUUCCACUACAACUCCGCUGAAACCGUAUCUGAGGCGGGCAUCGAGCUUAUUCCUAUGAUUUUCCAAAUCAACUCUAUCGAAGAAAAGGCAGUGAAUCCUCCAGCGCUCACCAUCAACCUUCUCAAGGACCCGAACGGCAAGCUCAUGAUUGCAUCCUUCCAGACCACGAAGCCUGAGGAUAAGAGCCCUAUCGAUCAGGAGAAGGAGUGCCAAAAAUGGCCGCUAUAUUGCAAGUGGAAGGCCAUUAUGGCCGAAAGGAUCAACGGCCUGAAGUCGCACAUGGGACACAUGGGUGGCAAGGCAGGCUGCCACAAGCACAAGGGCAACCCCAUGGCUGGGGAGCUUUAUGAAGGCAAGCCGCCGCACCGAUUCCGCCCUGGACACGCACACAUGGGAGGACAUCGCGGACAUCACGGCCAUCGCCACCACCGUCACCACCGCGUCCACAUGAUGCUUCGACGCGCCUUCCUCACCAUCUUCAUUCCCAUCCUGAUCGGUAUCUUCGCUGGCACACUCACGUACCUCAUUGGUAUGGCUCUUGGCUGUGUCAUCGCUAUCGCCGUCGCCAAGUUCCGCGGCCAAUCAGUCUACGAGAGCGUCGCCCAAGAGGAGGCUGUGGAUGUCGAGGACGGCGGCGAAAAGGAGGUCUACGCCGAACUUCCCGAGUACGAUGCUCCUCCCGUCUACGAGGAGGCUGUCGAGAAGGAGGUCGUUGAGCGCCAGGAGUAG